AUGACUGGUUGUAAACCUGUUGACACACCUGUGGAGUAUAAUGCAAAACUUGGUGUUACAAACAACGAAGUUCCUAUUAGCAAGGAAAGGUACCAGAGCCAGUUUAUGCAAGCUUCUUAUAAGGAACAUAUGAAUGUGGUUGACCGUAUUCUUCAGUACUUGAAGGGGACCCCCGGUAAGGGUCCAAUGUUCAGGAAGUCUGGGAAAAAGACUAUUGAAGCCUACACAGAUUCUGAUUGGGCAGGCUCUGUCAUUGAUAGAAAGCCGACCUCUGGAUAUUGCAACUUUGUCUGGGGUAACCUUGUCACCUGGCGAAGUAAGAAACAGGGAGUGGUGGCUAGGAGUAGUGAGUUUAGGGAUAUGUGA